UUAUUUACAAAUUUCGAGUGAAAGCACGCACUUCAAAAGUUUUGAUUCAAAAUGAUGCAUAAACUGUUCGUUAUAAGUUUAGUGUUCUUUGCCGUGUUCAUAAUUGAUAAUCAUUCAGUUCAAGCUGAUUGUUGGUGGACUGGAUGUCAACGCCAUGAUUGGGCCGUUAAAGGAUGUCGACAAUAUGGUCGGAUUAAAAAGGAAACUCGACCUUGUCAUGCUGGACUUGAAUAUAGAUGUUGUUCAAAUAUCUUCCAUGCAAUAGCUGAAUCAAUUGCGCGAGUGGGAAGAAUUGGUUGAUUAUGUGUAACUGAUGAGUUCGAAUGGACCCAAAGAUCGAAAAUUUUGGUUAACAGCACUAAUCAACUAAUCAAUUAAUCAAUAUCAACUUUGUAAUGACAAGAAUAUCAUCUAUUUUAAAAUACUCCAUGUGACUAUUCAAUAAAUAAAAUUCUUACUAGCAUUAAA